AUGGGUGCGGCAGGAGCGGAGGCGCAUUUAGCCGAUGACGGCGCGCAGGAUGUACUGCUCACUGAGCAGCUUCCCUGCGGACAGCUGACAGUGAGCCGCGGCAGCAGUAGCAGUAGCAGCAGCAGCAGUAGCAGCAGCAGCAGUAGCAGCAGCAGCGGCAGCAGCAGCAGCAGCAGCAGCGACGGCGGCGGCGGCAGCAGCGGCAGCAGCAGCAGCGGCGGCUGCUGGACACGAGACGUACGCGGCGCCGCGCUGCUGCUGGCGCGCGCGUUUGCCGGCACGCCAGAGGCGGUGUCUCUCGAGGAGGCCACGGAAUUCAUGCAGGAGCAGCUCAGCAGCCCAGAGUUGGGGGUGACGCUGGUGGCGCGCCUGGUGCCGACGGACGCGUCGCUGCUGCCCAAGGGCCAGCCCUCGCGCCUUGUAGGCACCGCCGGCCUGGCCUUCGAACUUUCCGAGGCCGCAGCCCGGGACGGCCUCGGACGCCUCAGGGACCUGCCGCCGAGCGCCUGCUACCUCUCCAACAUGGCAGUCGACCCGAAGCUGCGCCGCCAGGGCGUCGCGUCCGCGAUGCUGCGCGCGUGCGACGCGGCGGCCGCGCGCGGCGCGGGCGCGGGGCCGGCGGCGGGGGCGGCGCGGGAAGAGGUGUACCUCCACGUGCGCGAGGCGGACGACGCGGCGCGGCGGCUGUACCAGGGCCGCGGGUUCGAGGAGGUCGAGAGGGACGCGCCCGGCGGCGCGGGGGGCGGGCUGUUCGGGCUGGGGUUUGGCGCGCAGCCGCAGCGGCGGCCGCGGAUACUAAUGCGCCGAGCGGUGGUGCCGUGA